AUGAUGCGCAAGGCCGGGUCGUCGAUGCAGAAAUGCUAUGAUGAAGGCUACCUCUCGUGCUCACUGGCAGUUUACUAUGAGUCGCAGAACAACGAGACUGAAGCCCUUCGUGCCUGGCGCAACGCCCUCGACCAGAUCUACUACCACAAUGCCUACAAACUACCCUCCAGCUACGUCCCGCGAAGCGAGACCGAAAAGGCGCUACACGAGUCAUUACGAGCAAUGGAGAAGCAGUGUAAGGAGCGUGUCGAUCUUUUGGAGUCUUUGGGAAAGAGUCGCGAAGAGGCGACCAAGGAUGCAAAAGAGGCUGCUUCCAAGAGCCAGGAGUCCGUGGCUUCCUUCUCGCGAACGUCUUCUGAACAGAACCCUGGACAAGCCGGACCGAGCUGGCUUGGUCAGGAUACAGUACCGCCAGCGACAUAUGCAGAUAUACCACGCCCGACCGACCGCCGACCGUCUCGACCUUCAUAUACGAGCAGACCGAGCUCACGAGCCGACGACGCUGGAAGGACCAGAAGCUUCAACACUGCGACAGCAGCAAGACUGGCUCCUCCAUCGGGAGAGGGUACUGGAGGUAGGACACCUAGUCCGGAGAAGAAGGGAGGCAUGUUGAAAACGCUACGAUCAAAUGGCAAGGAACGGACAACUUCGGAGGGUGGCAAGAUGGCUUCCAGUCUGAGGUCGAAGCCCCCAACUGCGGCUUCGAAAGCGGCGGCGCAAGUAUGGUCAGGUCCACAGCGACCUCCAAUGCAAUCGAAUGGGAGUGCGCCGGCGGUAGCGGCAGCGGCGGCGGCACCAGCAGUGACCACCUCCUGGGAUCCAUACACCAGACAACUUGUUGAGCGACCACGCCAGAGAAAUGCUGUCCCGGCAUCGUCUGAAAGGCGGACGCAGAGCGCGCAAGUUGUGCAGCCUCCGAGCCCUUCGGACUACAUGCAGACCAGGAACAAUGAUCCUCGCCGCAACUUCAACAGACUACCACACCCGCUUCUGGAUCCCCUUCAAUACCGCAGGUGGGACCGACCUCAAUUUCAGCGACAGAAACUCGACAGCCUACAAGCAAAUCCGUCCUCACGCGCUCGAAACGGUGCAUCUUCCUCUCAACCUCGAAACGACUUCCUCGGCAGCAGCCCCGAAGCUGCCAUCCGCCGCAACACCUCCAAACGCAAAAUCGAGUCUCGCCCUGUCCCCGCGCGCGCCAUUACACCUCCAACUACCGACGACAACCUUUCCGAUCCUGCCGACUCACCUGGCGAGAAGGACGCUUGGGAAUCCCGCGUUGAGCAAUUAAUGAAGAAACUCCCCAAAGGCGUCGAUGAAACUGCAGCGAAACAGAUCUUCAAUGAAGUCGUCAUCCAAGGCGACGAGGUCCACUGGGAUGAUGUCGCUGGUCUGGAGAUCGCCAAGUCUGCUCUGAAAGAGACUGUCGUCUACCCCUUUCUACGUCCCGAUCUGUUCAUGGGUCUCCGCGAACCCGCGCGCGGAAUGUUACUGUUCGGCCCACCUGGAACGGGCAAGACAAUGUUAGCCCGCGCCGUAGCAACGGAGAGCAAAAGUGUGUUCUUUGCGAUCUCGGCUAGUAGUCUGACGAGCAAAUUCCUGGGUGAAAGCGAGAAGCUCGUACGGGCACUAUUCGUAUUAGCGAAGGAGCUGGCUCCCUCGAUCAUUUUCGUCGACGAAAUCGACUCCCUACUCGGCAGUCGAGGCGGCAGCUCCGAACACGAAGCCACGCGGAGAAUCAAGACGGAGUUCCUUAUCCAAUGGAGUGACUUGCAGAAAGCGGCUGCAGGACGUGAAAGCACGGAGGGUGACGCUAGUCGCGUGCUCGUCCUCGCGGCGACGAACUUGCCUUGGGCUAUUGACGAGGCGGCGAGGAGACGUUUUGUCAGGAGGCAGUACAUUCCUCUGCCCGAGGACUGGGUCAGGGAGAAGCAGUUGCGGACAUUGUUGAGCGCGCAGAAGCAUGGACUGAGCAGCCGAGAUCUGAAGGUCUUGGUGAAGCUGACGGAUGGGUUCUCAGGAUCAGACAUCACUGCUCUGGCCAAGGACGCUGCUAUGGGUCCUCUUCGUGCGCUGGGAGAAAAGCUGCUGCACAUGUCCCGGGAUGAUAUCCGACCUAUCUCGAUGUCAGACUUUGAAGCGAGUUUGGUCAAUAUCCGACCGAGCGUGAGUAAGGCGGGAUUGAAGGAAUUCGAAGAUUGGGCAACCGAGUUCGGUGAGAGAGGCGGAUGA